AUGAUUCGACUGUCGGAACAGAAGGUUCAAUGCCCAAAAUGCGACGCCAAGGGACUUCCUUCGAAUAUUCGGACUCAUAUUAAAGCGAAGCACGCCGCAGAAGACCUGAAAAAAUUUAAUGAGGCGUUGAUAGAGACUAAAGCGAAAAUCAAAGGAACAGAGAAACACCGGUGCGAUGAGUGUGAUAAGGUUUGCGCUUCAUUGGCAGGCAUCAAGAAGCAUGUCUACGAAAAGCAUCGUGCUGUGCCAAAUCCAGCGGAAAUUUCAUUGUUUGACGUCGGCGAGGCAUCGGAACCGAAAGCGAAGAUCUGGUGUGAUGAGAAAACGCGUGAUUCAGUAACUAGUUUCAUCGUCGAUAAGACAAACCGACGAGGAAAAAUGGUAGUCACUUACAUGAAGUGCCAUCAGGAAGGAAACUAUGAAGGAAAAGGGUCAGAGAGAGUGGGUCAUCGGACGAAAAAAGGAACAGGAGCUGACAUUUGUCCCGCAUUCAUGCAAAUUGAAAGAAAUGAUGAAGACGGGGAGUACAGAUGUGUUGCGUCUUUCCAACACUAUGGGCACGAAACCAACGUUGCCGUCCAAAGACUCCAUGAAGAUGAGCUAUCUGAAAUAAAAAAGUAUAUGAAUGAGGGGUUCACGAACCGCCAAAUUAUCGAGAAGUUGAAUGAAAAUCACCAUCGCGACGAGCGCCUCCGCUAUAUCCUCCCAGAUGAUCUCCGAAAUAUCAGAAACAAAGAAAAUAUCAACCCAGGACAGUAUCAUCGGGAGGAUCUAAUUUCGCUGCAAACGAGGGUGGCUGAGGGAAAUUACAGAGACGGAAUCCGACAUUUCGCACCACCUAUCAACGAAACUGGCGAACAGUUUCAACUAGGUCGUACUGAACAAUGGGCUACAACAGAUCGAGGCGAUGCAAUUUACCACACAAGCAUGUUCGCUGAAUCGUGGCACAGUAUGCUCAAGAAAGAAGUGCUUGGUGGUAAAACAAAUAUUCGCAUCGACGCUCUUCUGCAUCACCUCUACCGAGCUUUUGACUGGAUUGUAGACAAAAACCUAACACAAGCAUUAAGAGGAGUGGUGAAAGCUUGUCCACGUCUCUCCGCAAAUCGAAAAAACUGUCGCACAGCUUCCAAAGAAGCCUCUUCUUAUAUUGUUGCCGAGCAGGUAGCUAAAUUUGCAGAAGAGGGAGAGAAGGAGUACACUGUUGGGUUGUUGAAGAAUGGAAUUAUCGAGAGAGAGUAUCUUGUAGUUGACAGAGCUACCCAGUCUUCUAUUUCGGCUCGCCAACCCCAAAGCUUCGACUUCUCCUUCGACAGAACCGACACCACUGACCAGGGCUCCUCGUCUCACCAUCCCGCCCCUUCUCCUAGCAACUCAGUAGAAGAUAAAGCCAUGAGAAUGUAUGAUAACUUUGUUGGGAUGACUUCCGCUCUUCAAAAUCACUUCCGCAAAGCUCUGAAAACUGAUCCAUUGACGGCAACCCAUGCAAUGCAGUCGCUUCUUGAGGAAAUGUCGAAGCACAUUCCGAAUUCUGCACCGUCACUUCCACUCCGUCCAUCAGCACCAUCUCUCACUGCAAGACAGACAAUGAAUCAAAACAUGAAACUGAAACAUCGAUCGUUGGCACCUCCAAAGACAUCUGAUACUCCCGGCUCUAGUCUGAUGAAUCCACGAAACAUCUCAAUCUGUGAUAUUUGCCUGAAAGCUGAUCCAUUGCUUCCUGAGGACACCAAUCCAGUUGAAUUGAUCGCUCAGAUCACAGAAUGGAAGAAAUGCAAUGGUUGUGGUUUGGCAGUGCACAUGGAAUGCGCUUUAGCACAAAAGAUCUGCGGUGUUUGUGGGGAAAAGUACCGCUUAUACAGCGAGCAUAGCGAUUUCAGCGAUUUCAGUGAGGAGGAAGGGGACCGUGAGGGUGAAUAA